GAAGUAUCCAAGUUUGCAAGUGUAUAUAUAUAUUAGAGGAAGAUUGAGGAGGGAGGAAGGUGCUUGGUCUCUCUGUCUCUCUCUCUUUCACACAUAUUUCCUUCCACCCACAAACAAGUUUUUGAAGAGUCCAAGUUCAAACUCAAAAAUUCAAAAGCUCAAAAGAAGGAAGAUCAGAAGAUGCCUUGCCUUUACAUCUCCACCAACGUGAACCUAGAUGGAUUUGACACUGAUUCCAUCUUUUCUGAAGCCACCAAAGCCAUCUCUUCCAUCACUGGAAAGCCUGAAGACUAUGUGAUGGUGUUGCUUAAGGGAUCGGUGCCCAUAUCAUUUGGCAGGAGCACCAGUGAGCCAGCAGCAUAUGGUGAGCUAGUAGCAAUGGGUGGAAUUAACAAGCCAGUGAAGAGGCAGCUGAUUGCCACCCUUGGCACAAUCAUGGAGGCCAAGCUUUCAAUCCCAAAGACGAGAUUUUUUCUUAAAGUUGUUGAUGUAAGUACUGCAACAGGGUCUAAGCUCUGAUAUGGAAUUCAAAAAAAAUAAAAAAGAGGUUGAGGUUUUGGUUCAUUGUCUUCCGCAUUUGUUGGCCAAAGAAAUAAAGGAGGGUAAAGAAGCGUUGUUUUGUGUAGCGUUUCUAUUUGUAGCAGGACAAAACCCACCGAAUGAAAGUAACCAAUGGUUUUUCUCUGA